AUGGUGGGGGGGGGGGGGGGGGGGGGGGGGGGGGGGGGGGGGGGGGGGGGGGGGGGGGGGGGGGGGGGGGGGGGGGGGGGGGGGGGGGGGGGGGGGGGGGGGGGGGGGGGGGGGGGGGGGGGGGGGGGGGGGGGGGGGGGGGGGGGGGGGGGGGGGAUUGGGGGGGGGGGGGGGGGGGGGGGGGGGGGGGGGGGGGGGGGGGGGGGGGGGGGGGGGGGGGGGGGGGGGGGGGGGGGGGGGGGGGGGGGGGGGGGGGGGGGGGGGGGGGGGGGGGGGGGGGGGGGGGGGGGGGGGGGGGGGGGGGGGUAA